CGGCAGAGGAAAGUGAGUUCGGAGUGGGCCAAUUUGAGAAGAGUGCGUCUGCAAGAAGCAGUGAUCUUGGUGGAAGCUGGCAAUCCCUCUAUUCGGUCGAUCACAUCUCUGCAUCUCUUUUUUGCCAAUUCCACUUGUGCUUCUGCUUCCUUUCUCAUUCUUCCUUCCUUAUCGUGCUCUCGCUUCUGCUAGUCUAGUGCUUUACAAAGACAAAAACAGUAGCUUUUGACAGACAUACAGGCCCAUUACAGGCCCAAUAGCUUCUGAUCUUCAUUUUACUUACUUGGAGUUGGACUGGCCAGGCCCCUUAGCCUAUACUAAAGAUCUUUCUUUCUUUCUUUUUCACCUCCCAACUCCAACUUUCACUUUCUUUUCUUCAAUCCCCUCAGUGACAGAGAGAGCAGUGCAGCAGACGAGUCGACACUCCGGAACCUUCUCUUCUCUUCUCUGCAAUGGCCGCUGAAGAGGACUCCAUUGAACAAGUAGUUGCAGCACGUCAAGAGAGGCUAAGAGCUCUUAAAGCUGCGCAGGAACUGUUAAACACUCCAGAUGAGGAUUCCUCUCUGGUUGACUCUAAUGCUGACGAAGACAAUGAAACUAGCGAAGAAACCAUGAAAUUCCGAAAUUAUGUUCCUCAUGAUAAGAAGCUUCAGGAGGGAAAGCUUGUUCCACCAGUCCUACCAAAGUUUGAAGACCCUGUUGCAGCAGUAACUUCUCCCUCAGAGAAGAAAGAGGACCCGUUUGUGAAUAUUGCUCCUAAAAAACCAAACUGGGAACUUCGCAGGGAUGUGCAGAAGAAGCUUGAUAAGCUUGAAAGGCGAACCCAAAAGGCAAUGUGUAAACUUAUGGAGGAACAAGAGAAGCAAAAGCAAUUGGAUGAAGAUGGCAGAAAUGGUGCAGAAGACUAGUAUGACCAGCUGCAAAUUGGCAUAAUGUAACGAACGGCAUUAGCAGAUAGAAUGACCAGCUGCAGUUCCAGCCUGGAGCGAUGUGUGGUCUAUGAUUCUCCACCUCAGGAUAUUUGUGAUCUCUGCUUGAUGAUGCUGUUGGUUUUGCUAGGCCUAGGGAUGUUUGUAUUGACAUUGUUUGUUAGUUUUUGUUACUUGGGCUUUUUGUUUACGAAGUUAAUUCUACAUUUGUCCAAAUAUUUACAAUUUGCCCUUCAAAAGUAAAUACCCGUUGUUGAAUCCAAUUAA